UAUAGAGAAAGGUUACUCCUUUGGAGAGCCAACUGUAUCAAUGCCUGCGAAAGAACUCUAUCAAAUUGAAUUGGCGGAUAUUCAGAAUUUCGACGAGCGGUUCUUUGAAUCUGCAUUUUCCGGAGAUAUUUGCAACAAUUUCUACAAUAACUACACUACCAACGAGGUAGAGAAAGCUCAAAUCACGCCCGAAAACAGUUUUGAUGCUACAGCUUCCCUGACUCUCUCAGCAUAUGACCUCGAACAAUGCUUUCGUUACAGCUCGGACGGAUUGGCAGGAUCUACGGAGCAGUCAAAUUCAAUUGAUGUUUCCUUAUUGAGUAACAGUGAUACACAACUAAUUCCGGACCCCCUUAGUUUUGAUAGUAGUCAAAUGACUGAAUUUGCGGAACUUUUGUGUCCUGUGUUAUUGCCUGCUCUUGAAAAUCCCCUUCCAGCUCCUCCCGCCUGUGUGCUCAACCAAGAGACCAAAGCUUGCCCUCAGGCUACUAGCAGUGCAACUACCAAAAAGUCCCCCAAGAAUUUGCAGCAACCGGUAAUCCUUCUAGCUCAGGAUCGUUUCAAAGUGAACGAGAAGGCCCUUCUUCAAAUCACCGUUCUGUUUGAUAACACAAUGGUGACAUGUUUGAAAUGUUCAAUUGACUAUCACGGUUAUUGUGGCUCCAUCAAUUCAGUCACUAGACAGAGUGCUUUUUUGAUCAAUAAAUAUCGUGGUGAUUUUGAAGUAAAUCCCAGAAACUUCGGUGGUGAGCCUAAUAUUGAGGGUCGACUCUCUCUGUCUUCUUGUGUCCACCAAAGGGUGAAAUAUGAUAGAGAAAUCGAUGAGCUUCACGGGAGUAUUACCAACAUUGUUUACAAGACCAGCACUGUUUUCUCAAUUGAUGCCCCAUAUGAGCCUCAAUACUAUCGGUUUGAAACCAAUAGCGAAGGUAAAUUGGUCAACGAGAGUAAGUGUGGACUUUGUCCCUACUGUGAGGAUGUGAAGUUCUUGCCAUUCAAGAACUCCAGCUAUCUUUCACACCUAACAUUGGAGCAUGGGAUUUUUUCCAACAACUACUUGACUCCCGAUGGGAUCCACUUUGGGAGAUAUCGUGUAACUAAACGUGAAAGAAAGGGUUCGAGCUCACAGAGAGAAUUCAAAGUACGUGAAGUAGAUGCCAUGCUUUGUCCCAAGUGCUUUUCCGUGAUCGAGGUUGGUUGUUGGACCAUGAAACACAACAAGUUACUCAGUUAUUUUAGACACUUCAAGAAUUGUCAUGGGGAAGAUACCACCAAAACCAAAAAUGCAGACCAGCUUCCUCAAAUUAGGCCAAGAGGGAGAAGGCUUACUGUUGUUUCAUAACUUAGACAGGUUAUUUUUAUUAUCUCCAACUGUCAUUU